AUGAAGGAGGACCUAAUUAGUGCGUCUCACUGGAGCGUGGCUUCCACUGACUGUACGAAACCUAAGGACCCGUCUAAAGUGAAAAAGGCGAUUAUGGGCAGAAACUGGAAAAGCAGACUUGGGCUCCCUUUGAAGACAAACUCCGGCAAUUCAAUGUCAAAUCUCAGGAAGAUUAAAUCACACAGGCCGACUGCAGAUGAUGUGAUCCAGUGGGCGCAGUCUCUUGACAAACUACUUAGUCAUAAAUAUGGCAAGAUGGUCUUUUUCAUUUUCCUGAAGACAGAGUACUGCGAGGAAAACAUUGAGUUUUGGAACGCGUGUGAGGAUUUCAGGAUGCUUUCAUCACACCAAGAAUUGACAUCCAAAGCCAUCAGCAUUUAUGAGGAGUUCAUUAAAAGUGAAGCUCCCAAAGAGGUCAACCUUGACUUUUACACAAAAAACAAAAUAAUCCAGAGUCUCAAUGAGCUGAAUGUGGCCAGCUUUCUGACAGCUCAAGGAAAAGUCUACAGCCUGAUGGAGAACAACUCCUAUCCAAGGUUUAUCCACUCUGACCUCUACAAAGAACUGCUGGCAGAUGCUAGAAGAGGCCGUUAA